AGCACCACUGCGAUGCCGGACCCGCGCUUCAAAGCUGCCACCGCUUCGCUCCCGGGAUACACCUCCUCUUCCUCUUCCCCUUCCCCUUCUACAACUACCACAACUACUACUACUACUACCACCUCCACCUCCUCCUCCGCCAUGCCCGACCCCGCCGCCGCCUCACCAUCCUCCCCUCCCGCCUACACCCGCCCCCACGGCGGCGCCCGCGGCGCGCGCCACCCCUCGAUUCCCCAAUCGACCACCGCCGCGCCCGCGUCCUCCGCCAAGAUCGUCGACCAAUUCGACGGCAUGCAAAUCAUGCAAGCCGAUCUCCCGCCGAUCCACGGCCCGGUCUCGUUCGUCGGCCGCGGCCGCGACCGCUACGACUACAUCACGUACUCUACCCUCACCCCUCUGGACCCGUGCUACGGCCUACCUGGCUUUGCGCGGUUCGGCAUGCGGAAGGAGUAUAUCCAGUCCGACUCUGACAGCGGCUCGGACGACGGCGAGGGCGUGGUGUGGGAGUAUAACGGCGUGUAUAUCCCAGGCCCGAAGAUCAUGUUGGGAAGGUGGCGAGACGGCAGUGAUCCGUCGACGACGAACGCGGUGGAAGGACCGUUUAUGUUUUUCGCCGAGCUGUGAGGUGUAGUUGAGAGUGCGGGUGUUUUGUAUAUGUGUGUACAUAUAUGGUGUUUGUUUGUUAUAUCAUGGAGUCGUCGUUGUCAAAAUUGUCUAGUCUUUGUUGUGUUGUGUUGUUGUGUUGAGUUGACGUCUCGAAAUGUCUGGAUUUAUUACGAUAUCAUUGUUUGUUUGUUUAUUUGUUUGUUGUUGUUGUAGGUGAGGUUGUAUAUCUGUUGUAAUGUUGUAAUAUAGUAAAUAGUUGUAUGUUUAAUGUAUGUUUGUAAAUAAUCCACAAAAC